CAGCCCCGGCCGGCCGCGGCAUGACGCUGGCGCUGGUCGCCGCCCUGGCGCCGGAACCCACGCAGCACCCGGGCUACUUCCUCAGCCGGCCCAGGCAGCGCCUGCCGCGCACCUUCGGUUUCGUCGACGACGGGCGCGAGAUCUCCAACAGCCUGCGAGACCCCGAGGCGAUGUGGCCCAUGGGCGUGUUCCUGCCCCCCGACCACGACCUCGAGAUUGUCCACCUCAGCCUGGACCCCGCCACCGGGCAGCAACUGUUCUCAGAGCCAGACGCGACUCCUGACCCCUUCCUGAGGACCGGGCAGGACGCCGUGCAGGUGGUGAAGUACCUGCUCUCGCUGGGCGAGCUCUUCUUCGACAAGUACCCGCACGCUGAGGUGCUGCUGCGCCACCAGAGGGAGCGCCUCGAGAACGGCCUCGCCGGCAACAAGCUGGGCAGCAUCCGGCCCGACUCGCCCUUCUACCGCUGGCCAAUGAUGGCGCAGCAUGCGCCCCGCUUCGCCUUCUGAGUGGCUGGGCUGCCGAGCGUCCGCCCGUGCAGAGACGAUAUCGCUCGACGACUUUCCUGAAUAAGUAUCAAGUGAAUGUUGUGUCCGCGUGACGAGCCAUGUUUACCCGUGAGCCAGCCGAUGAUUUAUCACUGGCGGCAAACUGUAUGGCAGUAUGAGUCCAGUAUGUAACCUAUACAAAUGGCAUGUUUGCAGUAUCUUUAAACGUAUGUACCAAACAUUGUGACACGAUGUACUGGAGCUGGCCUCUGAAGUGAAUAGUUGUAAGUGAAUAUAUCAAUAAAUUAUAUUUGAAUAACAUGGGCAAAAAAUUGUACCUAAUUCUUAUAUUCUUUGACAAAUGAUAAUUUCGAAAUGUCACUAAAAUUCAGUGGAAUAACAUAGAUUACAAACAAAUGAGUGAUAUAAGACUAUGUGAUUCUAGUGAUUGUCAUAUUAACUGUGUAUUUCUGGAAGAAGUGUCGCCCUUUUAAACGUUAUAUAAUUUUGCUGAGAAUACGACAUACAUUAAAAAUGACAUAAAAAUUGUGUAAAGUUAUAAUAUUUUGUCUCUGUCGAUGCAGUAUGAAGACUUCAUCAUUUUUGAACUUGAAUACUUUUAAAAAUUAUUAAUUCAAAAUUUAAAUGCUACAUAUGAAAAAUUAUUGUUGCUAUUAAUUGUACAUUAAGAAGUCAACAUGGUGCAUAAUUAAGAAUACUAUGCAAUGUAUAAAAGUAUUUAUUUUAUACCUAGUUCAUAAUAUUGUUA